AGAAACCCAGUCUCCGACAGCUUCCGAAGCAUUCUCAACCUUAUUCAAAUGGCUUUCCCGGACGAAGAAUGUUCAACAUGAGUGUGGACCCAGCUCCUCCCCAGGGCCUGCCUUGUCCAGAGGCAUCCAAUUCAGGGGACCGUUCUCCAGUGCCCGAGACUUAUGAGCCUGAAGAAAAUUAUGCAUCCUUGCAAAUGUCAUCUGCUGAGACACCCCACGUGGAGAUGGUCUCUCCUCUCCCUUUCUCCGUGGAUCUGCUGGUUCAGCACAGCCCUGAUUCUUCCACCAGUCCCAGAGUGGAAUUCCUACCCACUCCUGUGGAGAAAAGCCCAGUGAGCAAGGAAGACAAAGUCCAGGUCAAAAAGCAGAAGAUCCGAACUGUGUUCUCUCAGACACAGCUAUGUGUACUCAAUGAUAGAUUUCAGAGACAGAAAUACCUCAGCCUCCAGCAGAUGCAAGAACUUUCCAACAUCCUGAACCUUAGCUACAAACAGGUUAAGACCUGGUUCCAGAACCAGAGAAUGAAAUGUAAGAGGUGGCAGAAAAACAACUGGCCAAGGAAUAGCGAUGGCAUGGCCCAGAACGGCUCAGCAACUGUAGAAUAUCCAGGCGUCUAUUCCUACCACCAGGGAUACCUGGUGAACGCUUCUGGAAACCUUGCCAUGUGGAGCAACCAGACCUGGAAUAACCCCACUUGGAGCAACCAUUCCUGGAACAGCCAGACCUGGUGCCCACAAGGCUGGAAUGGCCAGGCUUGGAGCAACCAGGCCUGGAACAAUCAGUACCACAGCUUUGAAGAAUCCUUGCAGCCCCAGAUCCAGUUCCAGCAAAAUUCUGUCAGUGAUUUGGAGGCCACUUUGGAAACUGCUGGGGAAAGCCAUAAUGUAAUACAGCAAACCACUAAGUAUUUUAGCACCCAGCAGAUCAUAGAUGUAUUCCCAAAUUACUCCAUGAACCUACAGCCUGAAGAUGUGUGA